AUGUACCAGGAGGUGGCUGACUCGGUCACUCAGGGCUUCACCGAGCCAUGCUCAGCUGGGGCCGGCGCCAGCCAAACCUUCCCAGCUGCACUUCCCUCCGCCAGACAGCUCCUUACCUGCAGCCUCUCUGACCAUCCCGUUGGCAAAGACCCGCAGGCCAUGAGGACUGGUCAAAGACAGAACAAAGGGAUGAGGACUCGACUGGGAUGCCUGUCUCACAAGUCUGACUCUUGUAGUGAUUUCACAGCCAUUCUUCCCGAUAAACCCAACCGUGCUCUAAAGAGACUAUCCACAGAAGAAGCUACGAGGUGGGCGGAUUCCUUUGAUGUACUUCUCUCCCAUAAGUAUGGAGUGGCUGCCUUCCGCGCCUUCCUGAAGACGGAGUUCAGUGAAGAGAACCUGGAGUUCUGGUUGGCCUGUGAGGAGUUCAAGAAGACCAGGUCAACGGCCAAACUGGUCUCCAAGGCCCAUAGAAUCUUUGAGGAGUUUGUGGAUGUGCAGGCUCCGCGGGAGGUAAACAUAGACUUCCAGACCCGAGAAGCCACGAGGAAGAACAUGCAAGAGCCAUCCCUGACUUGUUUUGACCAAGCCCAGGGCAAAGUACACAGUCUCAUGGAGAAAGACUCUUACCCCCGGUUCCUGAGGUCCAAAAUGUACUUAGAUUUGCUGUCCCAAAACCAGAGGCGGCUCAGUUAG